GUUUGCGGGGGAGUCAUUCAGAGGUCAUCCGCCAUCUUGGAUUCGGUAACAGGUGUUCCUUUGAUUCGUACCUGUUGACUGCCAGGCGAAUUUUCAGUCUCAAAUCGUCCAGAAAUCAGCCAGUAAAAUGGCCACAGUACCGACACCACUACAUGGCCUGUCUCGGGAAGUUACCAUGGCCGUACUACCCAGACUGUACCUAGAGGAGGUGAUUCUGGAACUCAGCAGGAGGGACAUCAACAUUGGGGGCUUUCACACCGGUAAAGACCACCUGAUCAGUGUGCUGAAGCACUUGAUGGCACGGGAGUACGCUGACUUAGGGGCCGGGGAAAGCCAAACGAAAGAAACGGGUUCGAGAAACUCCAAAGACAAAACGGCAGACAUGGAACACGAUUUGGGUAAGCAGGAUGCUUCACAGCGAAUUCCUAAUAUGGGAACAAAGCAGGAUCAUGCGACCAAUGAGUGUCAUCGAGUUGAAGAAAGUACUGUGCAACGCCUCACGAAUAUGUCUCCAUCUGACCAAGUUGGGUCAAAGGAUGGUAACGUUGAACUUGACAACAAUGUCUCACGUCAAAAAGGAAAGGUAACCAAUCAAAACGACAAAAAUCUUGCUGCUGAAACCAACCAAUCGCGCGCUUCCAGUAACGACCGCAUCCAAACUGCGAAGACGACAGCCAAACGCUCGUCUUCCGAUGUGGGGACGAAGUAUUUUGAUGCUCUUCCAGAGGACGUUAGACACCACUUAGAAUUUUGUGAUGCCAGGGUAGUAUUAAAAAGGUUGGAACACAAGGAUAGCUCGGGUUUCCUACGUCACAAGAAAAGGAGGAGCCAAGUGACGGGGAAGGGCUCACAUGUGACGUCAGCUGUGACGUCAGAUGUACCACAGCGCUCAUUGGACAACGCAGUGCCAAAUGUGAACGGUGGAGACACCAAAGCAGAAGUAGAGUCAAACGACUUCCUACUUGAAGCUGAACAACUCGGUUACAAGACAAGGCUGAGGUGGAACACAAUUAUUCAGUCCGAUCUGCAAUCGGAAACCGAGAGUGAGCCUAAGACCACAGCAAAGGAAAACCAGAAGAUUGGAACGACAUCUAGCGGCCGACCACUGCCCCCCAGCGAUGGCGGAAAGAGCAAGCAACCGGCAAGUCCCGUGGACAAUAAAAGAAAUAAAGCUCGGCCGCACGAAGAAUCUAAGGCGAAGACACCAGCAAAAGGAAAACAGAAGGUUGGAACGACGUCUAGCGGUAGACAACCGCCCUGCAAAAAUGGAAAACGAAAGCAACCGAGUCCCGUGAGCGAGAGUGUGAUGUCCCAUAUGAAGAAAGUUUGGUUCCCUGAAGACUCUGAAGAAUCUAUGCCUGAAACAUACGCAACAGAACUGAAGAUUGCAGCGGUAUCUAGCGGCAGAAAACAGCCCUCCAACAUUAAAAAGGGCAUACUACUGACCCCCGCGAGCGAAGCUGUAUUGUCCAAAUUAAAGAAAGUUCAGCUCCCUAAAAAAUCUGUGCCAAAGACAUCAGCAAAAGGAAAACAAAAGAUUGGAAGAGCAACGGGACAACCCUCCAAUGACGGAAAGAGUCCUAACCCCGAAGGUGCCUCAGUUCGGCCAAUCAUACGCAGGAACCGGACAAAGCACGUGUAUGUGUGUGAAGACUGUGGGUACAGAUCUAAAAGCAGGUGCCACAUGAUCGUUCAUAUCAGAAAACACACAGGAGAGAAACCUUUCGGCUGCUGCCUCUGCAGUUACAGGGGAACUUCUGAAAAGAACUUACGAACCCACAUGCAGAAACAUAUAGGUCUGGAGAGCCCUCACGUGUGUGAGUACUGUGGCUACACCACCGGGUCAAGAAACGCUCUGGUCAAGCACAUCCGGACACACACGGGUGAGAGACCGUACGUGUGCAACAUCUGCGGGUACAGCGCCUCCAACACCUCCAGGAUAGCCGAACACAUCCGGACACACACCAACGAGAGAACAUUCCGCUGCCCGCAGUGUACGUACCGCGCGAAUCGCCGAGAUAGUCUGGUACGGCACUAUCUAACACAUACGGGGGACAAACCCUUCCACUGCACUCUGUGCGACUACAAGUCUACUCAAAAGUCUACUCUAAAGCGCCAUGUUGUUUUGAUGCACGAGAAACGCAAAGAUGUAAAAGAAAAGGAAAAGAGGGAGCACAAUAAUGUUGAAAAGUCUAAGUAAGACGAAUCGCCGAGAUAGUCUAGUGCGGCACUCUAUCUAACGCACACGGGGAUAAGCCCUACCAUUGCACGCUGUGUGACUACAAGUCUUACCCAAAACUCCACACUAUAAAAAAUAUAAAGCCGAAUGUUUCUUCGACUCACGGAAAACGGCAUACGAUGUUGAACUAUACUCUUAGAUUAGUUUAUAUAGUUUUGUAUGUAUUUUGUACAAUGUACAAACUAGAAGACAUUACAAAGACACAUAUUUUGUGUAUUUCUAUAUUCCUUGCAUCGCAUACUCUGAUGAUUUUAUUGUGCCAAAUGCCAGCUAUUGAAGGACACGGGCACUUCCGUCGUACGAUCGUCGUACGAUCCCAAAAUGCGGACAUUC